AAGUUUAAAAAUCGUGGAACGCUUCACGAUUUUGCGUGUCAUCCUUGCGCAGGGGCCAUGCUAAUCUUCUCUGUAUCGUUCCAAUUUUAGUAUAUGUACCGCCGAAGCGAGUACAAAAAAAUGUGGAACGCUUCACGAUUUUGCGUGUCAUCCUUGCGCAGGGGCCAUGCUAAUCUUCUCUGUAUCGUUCCAAUACAGUAUAUGUAAUCGUAUAUGUACCGCCGAAGCGAGUACGUCGAGUUGGCAUCGAGCUUUCAUCGUGUGCGGACGUGUUUACGAGUGCUCUGUGUACGGCAGUUGGUUCGAGCGGUUGCAGGAACACAUGUUGCCAACGAAUGAUUCCAGCAGAUUCGUCUCCUCACCAGCUUUCCAAUGAGCUAUUACAAUUGAAAAUUGGUUAAGGUAGGCCAAAGUUAUUGUCAAUUAAAUAAUACGUUAAUUGAGCACGUGGUCGACGCCUACGGGCUGACCAACUUUGGAGGCCAGAAUAUCCCUAGUGAAGUUUCCCUCCUGUUGAAAUUUCUUCAUUCUGACAUCUUUUGUCCCUCCCCUUCCCCUCUAUACCAUUACUUACUUGCUUCAUUAUUAUCUUCAUUUCUGUUGGCACUUCUUCCGCUUUCCUUCAACAUUAUUUUAUUCUUCAACCUCAGUCCUUUAAAUCUUCAUGCUUUUAUUCAUUUCGAUUGUCAUCUAUUGUCAUCUCUUCUCCUCUCUUCAUUUCUACUGAUUUAUUCUUCGUUUAAAUUGUCAUUCCAUUUUGACAUCUUUUGCCUUCUCAUUUCGAGUAUUCUUCACGUUUCUUCAUUUCAGUUGUCAUCCCUUUUCCAGCCCUCGAACUUUAAUGCCUUCAUUGUUUUCAUUUAUCAUUUAAAUAUUAUCUCUUUCUGACCUCCUUCUCCCUCCCCAUCGCAUCAGAAUCCUUUUCAUCUUUUAUCAUCCUUCGUGAGUGACAAUUAUAGACACCGUAAAUGGAAGACUUCAUGAAUAAUGAUGCGUCUUUUGUAUCUGGGGUUCAGUCGGUCUCCCUGAGCACUAGGCAUGAAAAAACAUGCUCAGAUGCUCUUGGACUGUGUACUGAAAUUAAUCAGUACUUGAUCGACCCCAAGAAGAAAUGCACUAAACCUGCUGCGCAGUUUGUGAGCGAAAGGGUUGGCAAGCUUUUAGGUUUGCAACAAACAGUUUGCAUUCAAAAUGCCCAGCUUACUUCUACUGAAGAAGAAAGCAAGAUUACAUCAGCUCUGGAUGAGCUGCGCCGAGUUGUAUCAAAGAUGGACAACAAAGAAACCACAGAGCAAUCAUCACUAUUGCAGAAAGUGAAAAAUAGGAAACCACAACAGCAACAAAAAGAUACACCAGCAACUGAAACCUGGAGUGCAGUGGUCUCCAGGAAGAAUAAGGCUGGGAAAAGGAGGAUGACUGUAAGGCCAUCCUUGAAAACGCCGCCCUUGGCCAGUCUGGUCUGAAGGCCCGCGCAGUAGGGAAGAGGAAUCCUCGACUCAUGGUACUGAGAGUACCGAAGGAGGAUAAGCCGGAAGAAAUUGCGACGCAAUUAGUUGAAAACAAUCGUGAUGAGGGAGUAUGGACUAAAGAAAACGUCCGACCCCUCUUCACAGUGAGAUACGGCGGGGCUAGCAGAAAAGACGCCCAAUUCGUGUCUUGGGUCGUCGAGGUCGACCCGCAGACGCUGAAAUCCGCCAUCGGUCGAGGUCGCGUUAACCUCGACUAUCAGACGUGUGCAGUUAGGGAGUAUCUGGGAGUUACCAGAUGCUACAACUGCCAGGCGUACGGGCAUGUGGCAUCGGCAUGUUCCAAGAAAGGUCCCACUUGCGGGGUCUGCGCUGAUAGCCACGACACCCGCAAAUGCAGCAGCAAAAACCUAAAAUGCGCGAACUGCCUACGUAUAGGCAAAGCUCACAAUCAUCGCGCAGGCUCACAGUAUUGUGAAGCACAGAUCAGAGCGGUGGCGGGCGUGAUGUGCGCCACUGAUUAUGAAUCAUCACCGCAGACCCUUGUCCAAAUGGAAGUAUGAUUAGCCCGCCACAUACCUCCACACCGUCGUUAAAAAUCGCGCAGCUGAACUGUCACAGCUCCCAGACUGUUCAUGCUGAAGCCCGCAUCAUAGCCGAAUGAGAGAAGAUUGACCUCUUCCUGGCUCAGGAACCAUGGGAGCUCGGAAUAGACAGAGCCAUGGGACUGAAGGCCAGAGUUGUCAAAGCUAACAGGACAGCGCGACCUAGAGCGGCGGUCUACGUGCUUAAUAA